UAUCCUCCUUAUUUCUGUAGAGAUGUUUUUGGUGAUAUACUGAUAGAGUAUUUCUCAUGUGUGAUCUACCUGCAAAUCUAACAGAGACGUGAGGAGCAGCUAUGAAGUUAAAAGCAGCAGCGAGUGGAUUGGUGGUCUUCCUUCUCUCUGUGCAAGUGGUUCAGGGUCAGGAUGGCUGGAGAGUGACUUACUCUUCUACUGAGAUCUGUGCAGUGAAAGGAUCAACAGUGGAGAUAAGAUACAGCUACGCAUACCCAUCCAGAUGGAGAGGCAGAGUUAACACAGUUAAGAAAACAUUCUGGUUUACUAAAUGGAAAGAUCUUAAACCUGUAGAUCUGACCACAGAAUCAGAGUAUUCAGGUCGUGUAGAGGAUCUCUGUGAAAACAACAUCUGCACUCUGAGAAUCAAAAACCUGAGAGAGAGCGACUCAGCUGAGUACUGGUUCAGGAUCACAACAAACCAAGAAGGUGGAAGAUAUUAUGGUACACCUGGAGUCACUUUGUCUCUCACAGAUCUCUCGGUGCAGGUGGAAAGCAAAGAUCCUAGCAGAGCUAACCUGAAGUGUCAGAGCAGUUGUGAUUUACCUGAUAAUGAUUACGUCUGGUACAAGAACCGUGAAAAGAUUCAAACAGCAACAUCUUCUUCUCAUCAAGUCGACUUGAGUUUUCCAGACAGCUAUUCCUGUGCUUUGAAAGGAUAUGAGGACUCUCCCUCCCCUUCAGUGUGUGUCACUGGUCGAGACAGCAACACGGUGACUUCCAUUCAAGGUAGUAUCUGCGCCCCCAAAGGAUCAUCAGUGGACAUUUCCUGCACGUACACCAGUAAUGAAUGUAUUACAUCAAAGUUCUGGUUCAGUCCUGAGCGUAGUCAUCAGGGACAGAAUCCCUCUCAACCUGAGGACCUUAGUGAAGACUCCCAGUAUGCAGGUCGUGUUCAGAUCCUUGAAACAGAGAGAGGACGCUCCACUCUGAGGAUCUCUGACCUGAGAGACUCAGAUUCAGCUCAGUAUCUCUUUACAUUCAAAACACCAAGCUUUGAAUGGAGGAGUGAUUUACCUGUAACAACUCUGACUGUCACAGCUCUGCAGGUGCAGGUGAUCGCAGCAACAGUCCAGCAGUCUAAUACCUAUGCAGAGCUGAAGUGUCACAGCAGCUGCAGUCCAGCUGGUGUUUCCUACUUCUGGUUCAAGAACAACAAGAAAAUCCCCAAAACAACGAGAUCUUCUUAUAAAGGCUUGUUUCAACUCACAGACAGGAUCUCUUGUGCUCUGGAAGGACAUGAAGUCUUCCCCUCGCCUGCAGUGUAUGCUCCGAGGCUCCCUUCUUUGUCAAGACCCUCUGGUGAGAUAAAGGCGGGCCGUUCAGUGACUCUGACCUGUAGCAGUGAUGCUAACCCAGCAGCUACAUACACCUGGUACAAGAAGAAUAGCAAUGCAGACGUUCCUCUUCUCAGUGAAGGACCCCAGCUUGUCUUCAGAUCCAUCCAGUCCUCUGACUCUGGACAGUAUUACUGUUCAGCUGAGAACGAGCUGGGGAGCAGCACAUCUGAAAAAGUCUUUAUUAAUGUAAAAUAUACAUCCCCAAUGAUCGUGAACAUCACCAGGUUCUCUGUGGUGGUUCUGGUGCUGAUUCCUCUGCUCCUUGUCUGUCUCUGGAUGAGGAAGAAGAAGACUGUGAACUCCACCUCUGAAGCGAAUGAACCCAUAGAGACUGUGGAGUUGGAGUCUGGUCCUGAUUAUACUAACCUCUCAGACCUGAACAUGGUCUCUGCAGAACAGGAUGAAGAACCAGAGGAGCAGGAGGACCUGGUCUGAAGAGGGAGACUGACCUGGAUGGAAACAGAAGGAAGUGAAACAUUGAAGAGGAAACAUUUACCUUCAAAUAUGAGAGUUUCAUUGUUAGCGGCAGGUAGGAGUCAGCAGUCACAGACAGCAGGAGAUUUACAGGCAUGAGUAGAUUGCAACUUGUUCAAAUAUAAUUUUUCUUGAUUUUUGUAUAUGUUAUUGUGUCUGGUUCUAAAAUGAUGCUCACAUUUGACCUCUAGUUGUUAAAUGAAGGUUGAGUUUUAAUCAGUUCCUCAUUUCUCUUAGCUCUACUUCUAAGUAUUCUUUAUAAAUAACUGUAACAUGUUUUCUUCCUCUUUCAACAGAGUCUUAACCUCAGCAUCUUGUCCUUCAGCGUAGCAUAAGCCUUAUUUGAUGUGUUUUUGGAAAUAUUAUUAUUAUUUGUCCUUAUGAAAUAUGUUUAGUCAUAGAUCUUGUAAAGGGAUAUGCUCUUGGUUGCUUUCUCUUUUUUAAAUUGUUAAAGUAUUUUUUAAGUUGUGAAUUGUCUUUUAAUUCUGAAUGAGUAUUUGUAAAUACAUUUGCAGUCCUUUUGACCAAACCUUUGUCACAUUGUCCAUAUUAUACAUGUAUGUUUUCAUAUUGAGUUGUAUAGAGUAUGUCUAAUCCAUCUGUUUUGCCCUUUCGAGUGUGCAGUGUCUUUUCUAUCAAAGGCACUUAGCUGUUGUGUUAUCAUUAGUCCAUUGUAUUGCCUAUGUGUUUUGUUUACAAAAAAAGGGUGUGAAAUAAAGAAGUUAA